UCGAUUAUUUCUUAUCAAAUUAUUUAUUCCUCUGUCCGUGGUGCUGAAUUUUAUAAUUUGAAUCUGAUGUUGAUCGGUGCAGUGCAACAAGUUUUCCUCGGUUUGAGCUUUAGCAUGUUUUUCUUAGUAAAGUUAAAUUAUUUCACUAUUGGGGGGAUCCUGUCAAUCCGUUCUAAUAAAAUGCAGUAGGGCGAGUAAGAGGGAAGGGACCCUGACGAUAAACUGACAUCAUUCUUCACCUAUUUUUGAGUAAAGGGGCGGUGUCCGUCAGACAAACUGGAGAGGUAUACGCACAGAGAUCCAGUUUUUCUCGGCACUUGAUUGCAUGUGGGUGGACUGUGUUUUACUUUGUUUUUAUUCGAAAGCUAACAUCAUAAGUGAAACAUCUGUCAGAGUAAAACAUUUUUGAGUGCAAGCGCAGAGCAGGUGGUCCUGGAACAGCAUCUGUCAUGGGAGCGCACGGAUGGAGCGCGGUGCGAAUGGGGAUCGCAGUUUGUGGAUACUUGGCGUUUUUCUGCAGUGAGUUCGUCCCGGUUUCUGAAGCCGGCUGCAGGGAGAGGGGGAACCAUAACUGCUGCCCCAGCCGGGACAACAAAUGUUUUGAGUACACGAGGAGAAAAACGGUGUGCUACUGCGACAGCUACUGUCAAAAAACCAGAGACUGCUGCGAAGACUACCAACACGUGUGUCAAAUAUCAGCCAUCGACUGUGCAGUUGGAUCAUGGGGCCCCUGGUCUUCAUGCUCGUCUGUGUGUGGAGUUGGCAGCAAGGAGAGGAGUCGCCAAGUGUCCAUUCCCCCGAGAAAUGGAGGAACCCCUUGCCCAGAUCUCAGACAGAGACGAGGGUGUUACGGAAACAACGUCAUAUGUGACAAUGCCAAAGAGGUGGCAAAAAUCCUGCCUGAUUUUUACAAGAGGAACUUCAACGACCCUUGGAGGAGACCUCACAUGCUGAUGAAGGAGGAGAAGGACAGUUACUGUGUGUACCUCAGGGUGAAGCAGGCCAGUGCUGCAUGCAAGCUCAAGCUGUGGAGUGCUCAGCUGGUGCGAGAGCGGCUGGUCUGCGCAGAGUGUCAAAGUGAUGCCAUGUCAAACUCCGAUCGCUGCGCAGGAGAUGGCAAGGAGGGCAUUAGAACCUUCUGGACUGCAGCAGCUACUCCUGGUUGUCACGGUUCCUGGAUGCGGGAGCUAUCCUCUGAGCACUGCCGCUGUCCUCCUUACUCUGUCCUUUUUGUUUGAGCCGAUCUGACUGCCCUCAGAGAGCCUCUUCCAGCUGAGGAGAGCCCUGCUAGGGAAACCAGACCCUUUUGUCCUGAUUCCUGGACAGACAACUCAUGGAAAACAGCUGCAUCCUGCCACUUGUCAUCUCAUCCUCUGUACUGUAUAUCCUAGUAAUUAAUCACAUUGAAAUUCUUGCAUGUCUUCAAGUUUAAAAGCCACAUAGCUGUACAUCGAAACCACUGCGAAGCCUACAUUUUUAUACCUCUGAAUCUUUGCUAUCUACCUCCAUCAAUGCAAAUGUGUGUGCUAAUGCAAAAUGUAUAAAUCUGAAAAAUCUUGUAUUUUUAUUCACACAUUUUAUACUUGUAUUGGUUUCUGUGUACUUUGUAUGUGCCUUUAUACCUAAAGCUUGUUGUAUCUAAAAGUUAAAGACAAAAGAGCAGGUGCUGCCCACAGUUUUAGAAAAAAUCAUCCAAAGAGCUCAAAACAUCUGUGCUGAAGACGAUGUAAAUGCUGACAAAAUAUAUGCAUGCUCUACAAUUUCAUUUUUAAAAAUAUCUCACAAAAAAGUACAAUUGGGAUGACUGGGUACUGAUCACUCAGGUGCCUGUGUUAUGUCUCCUCUCAAACUGAUCCAAUUCUUUAAGAGUAACAGUCUGAAGCUUUGUUGAUAAAUUCCUCAGUGUUUAACUCACUCAGCUACAAUGGUUCGGGAUCUGGAGUCUGACGACAGGUAUAUUUUGCUGUAGCUCAUUCUCAAAAAGUUACAAUGGUGCUCUAUCUAAAAAAGGCAUAGCUUUAUCUGUUGUUUCUCUACUUUAUCAGCAUGUUUAGGCUUUGUUUUCAUGUGACCUGCCGAUCAUUUUGCUGGUAUAACUUAUUUCAGUGCGGCGCAAGUUAAUCGUAUGAAGACAAAACUCUUAAAAGAAGCAGUUGUUCUUUUGAACACUGCAAAUCUGUUUCAGACACUUUCUGUGCCUGUCUAAAGGGGAUAACUUAGCAGUACGUACAAGGUCACAUUACACAGGAAAAGAAGGAUCUGCAUCAGCCACUAUAGUCUUUUUUUCAUAACAAGUUCAAUGGGUUUAAAACAUUUAGUUAGUUAAAAGAAUUUUUAUUUCAACUAAACAAUGCAACAAUGUCAGUCUAUAGCAGUGUUUCUCAAUUCCGGUCCUCAGGCCCCCCUGUCCUGCAUGUUUUCGGUGUUUCCCUGCUGCUGCACACCUGGAUUGAAUCACUGAGUGAUUAACAGGCUUCUGCAGUACUUGAUGCCUGCAGAACAGGUAAUGCAAUCAUUUGGAUCAGCUGCUCUGAAAUAGGGGCACAUCUAAAACAUGCAGAGCAAGGGGGCCUGAGGACUGGAGUUGAGAAGCACUAGUCUAUAGUAACAUUUUGCAAGUUGUUCGCAUGAAAAUUAUCAGUCCUUUUUGAAGUGUUAGCUGCUCCACCAUUGAGGUCUUUUGGGAGUAUGUGUUGCUGAAAGGAUCAGAGACAAAACACAGAGAAAGUCUAACAAGAGUUGAGUCCAGUCAGGGUUCCAGGCAGAUAUCAGAACAUUGUUUUGGAAAAUUGAGCCUUAUAAAAUAUUUUCAUGAGACUCCUGUUCAAAUAGCAAGAAACCGCACCUUCAAGUAUGUUUUCAAUCACAACCGGCUCUGCUCACAGGGGAGUUUAAUCAACAGAGCAUCAGCCAGCAUAAAUAACAAGUUACUCCCAUGCAAUUAACUGGAUCUCCUCCCAAAACUCCCCAAGUCUUCUUGUUUUUCUUUCUCAUUGCCUUGAUGGUCUGUUCAAAAUAAACUGCAUAUUAACUGCAGUGAUACAAAUUUGACUCAGCCAGUCAAUAAGUUCAUGUUUUAGUUACAGCUGUUUUAAGAAGAAAGCUGAUAUUUCAGUAAAGGGAUUUUUGGUUUUUGAUGCUGUUACUUUCCAUCUUUCUCACAUCUUUGAUUUAUGUUUUGUAUUUAUUAUAUAAGAAUUAAUGAUUUUUGUUAGUGCAACGCCAUACAAUGUCUAAUAGUGAAAUUAAACAACUGUAUGUGUAUUCUGAAUAUAUGACUGCCACUUUGGUCAUAUUUUAGUGACAUGUGUUUCCUUCAUCCAUGGUAUUUUCUUUGGCAUUUCUCAUUUUUCCACUGUUCAGUAUCAGUGACUAUGGCAGUAGUAAGUAUGUACCUCAGUUUGACUACUUUUUGCAUGCAACAAGCAUAGCAACAUUUACGAAACCGUAAUAAAAGCCAACAUGUAACCGUGAACUUAAA